UCUAUAGCUACUUUACAGCCAAAUCAACAAAUGUCCUUACUUUCCGUUACACAUUGGUUAUUAAAUAAUAAUUCUGAAAAUUGGAACGACCACAUUGAUGAAUUCUUACAAUGCUUGGUGCCUCUUACGGAAGCAGAAAACUUAGAAGUUCGUCAAUUCACAACACUGAUUAUACAAAAAUUGUUUACAGAAUAUAUAAGCUCGGGAAAUGGGCAUUUAAAUGAAUCUAUACAGAAAAUUUUAAAGGAUCAAAUAGCAAAUGAAUCGGUUUUACCUCAUGUGAAAGUUCGUCUCCUGUUACCUAAAUGGAUUGGAAAUCACUGGACAAAACAUAACUUUUGGUUUGCUUUUACUAUGGAAAAUCGUGUAGUAAGAUAUAAUAAUAAAGAAAACGAAAAAAUAGUGCAUGAAUUCCGAAAAGCUUUCAAAUCAACAUCCAUCCAUCCUGGUGGAGUUCCACCAGUGAAUGAAGAUAUGCCAAGCAUUAAACAAAUUAACGAUACAUAUCCCAAGUCCAAUCUAACCUGCUGGAAUACAUCGGCUGCAUCCGAGCCAGGAGUUGUUCCCUUAGUCCGUGGAACAAGUUCAUCUCAAUCUGAUGGCGAACUUAUUGUAUUAUCCACUCGCAAUCAUAAUGAAGCCAGCUUAAAUGACUUGAUGGAAACGUGCAAUGCGUUUGGCGUUCGAACUUUGGUAUUGAACAAGUUGACAAAUUUAGGAAUCAGAGCUGCAGGUGAACUAACAAUAUGGCUAAAAGAACCUGAGUCGUUGCAUGAAUAUUUGCGUGAGAAAAAAAUGAAAAAUUAUAAAAUUGUUGGCAUAGAAAAUAUGGAAAGAUCAUAUAAAUUGGCUUCAUCUCAGAAGACUAUUUUGGUUCUUGGUGAGGAUCAACAAGGCACAGCGGACAAUUUGAAGGACUUGUUAGAUUCAACAAUUGUAUUACCACUGACUGAUGUGAAAAAUUUACAAAAUAUGGCAAUAUAUUUGUGUUCUCAGCCAGGUCCUGAAAUGUGUUCUGAUGUUCCUUUAGUCCGUGGAACAAGUUCAUCUCAAUCUGAUGGCGAACUUAUUGUAUUAUCCACUCGCAAUCAUAAUGAAGCCAGCUUAGAUGACUUAAAGGAAACGUGCAAUGCGUUUGGCGUUCGAACUUUGGUAUUGAGCAAGGUGACAAAUUUAGAAAUCAGAGCUGCAGGUGAACUAGGAAUACGGCUAGGAGAACCUGAGUCGUUGCAUGAAUAUUUGCGUGAGAAAAAAAUGAAAAAUUAUAAAAUUGUUGGCAUAGAAAAUAUGGAAAGAUCACAUAAAUUGGCUUCAACUCAGAAGACAAUUUUGGUUCUUGGUGAGGAUCAUCAAGGCACAGCGGACAAUUUGAAGGACUUGUUAGAUUCAACAAUUGUAUUACCACUGUCGGAUGUGAAAAGUUCACAAAAUAUGGCAAUAUAUUUUUGUUCUUAGCCAUACAACGUUGUUAGUUAAUAUUAAUUAAUUUUAUUCACUUUUGUCUUAAAUAUUUUUAUUCCUAGAGCAUUGUAGUCAAAGUCGACGA